UGACGUGAAAUGUGGUGACGUUAGAGGUCAACCUAAUAGAUGGGAAUCAUGGACCGGUUAAAACGUGAUUUGACGUGAUCAUUUAAAACCCUUACUACCGUGGUGCUUGAUGCUUGAAUUUAAAUUAAGAGGUUAAUCUAAGUUGCAUCACUUAAAUCUAGAUGGUUCUCCAUGACAUCUUCUAACCAAAUUUAAAACUUCUUAACCAAAAAACACACUCUAAAAGCGACAGCAUGGGGAGCAGCCAAGAGGAUGAAAAGCUCCACCCCGUUACUAUGUGACGGCCAAGUGGCUGUGUGAUUCCUCAUCCCUGCUCUAUCUCUAUGAGUCAACAAAAAGUACAUCAGAUAAUGCCAACGGGUGAGAGGAGUCGCACACAAGAGACCUAAUCGAUUUGUGGAAGCGUCGAGUCUAAUGGAUGUGCAACGAAGACUGAUUUUUUUGUUUUGGACAUCAGAGCGUUGCUAGAAGAAGAGAACACACAAAAGACACGUCAGUCAGCAUCUGCGUUUCCUCCAUCUUUAAAAAAAACCCACAAUGAUGUCCGCGAUUUUGAUAUCCAAUCUCACGCAGGACUGGGUUCAGAGCGUGCAAAGGUUGCACCUUGAAUUUUUUUUCAUCCCAAACUUAGUCAUCACUCUGGCCACCUUCCUAGCCAACCCCAUCCUCCUGAUAUGCAUCCUCCUGUCCCGCGCCUUGCGCCAGGAGACCCGUUACCUGCUGGUGGCCAACACCCUGGUAGCAGACAUGCUGUUCCUCACCCUCAACCUGGCCACGGUGACCAGCAACCUCGUGAGAGCCCAGAUUACCUGGCUGGUUUGUGAGCUGAUCACCGCGGUCACGGUCACCGCCUACUGCUGCGCCAUCCUCACCGUCACUCUCAUGGUGGUCGACACCUACGCCGCGGUCCGGUGGCCUCUCCACUACCGUGACAUUCUCCCUCCCGCCCGCACCCACCUCAUUCUGGCCGGGGUGUGGGUGCUGGCGGGCAUAUACCCCUUCGCCCUCGUGGUCACGGUGACUGCACGGAGCGAAAAUCCCCAAGAGAAUUUGCCUGUGUGCCUGGUGCUCAUCUCUCUCGGCUUCAUUCAGAUCCAGAACGUUAUGAGGAUCCACAUCUACUUCUUUGUGGCCGCGCUCAUCUGCGCCACGCUCAUUUUUUACUGCUACAUUCGGCUCUACAUGGUGACAAGGACGCAGGGAAUCUGGCAGAGGCGCUUCUCAAGGGCCAGGGUCACGCUGCUGGCCCAUGGCUUCCUGCUCCUGCUCUACUUUGCCCCUGGUUUCGUUUUUACCAUGGAGCUCUUCUUGUUCCACAGGACGGACAUAAGCACAGAUGUUCGCGUGUGCCUCAGCACAGUCAAUAUGUGUAUUUUUAUGCUGCUGCCCAGGGCAUUUGCUCCUUAUCUGUACGGGCUGCGGUACAGAGAGAUCUCUGAUACUUUAAUGUUGCUGCUGCAUCGUCAUAGGCCUCAGACUGCAGUAUCAUAAAGACAGCGAGAAGGCAUCCAUCCCUGAGAUAUGUGUAUUUCAUUUCUCGCAGAGAUUGUACUGCAAAGACAGUAACAGUUUUAAAGAGACUGAAGGCAAGUGCAAGUGUAAUUGUGUUUUCACUUUUUCUAUGUUUCUUUCAAAAUACAUAGUACAUGUUGUACCCAUAUGUAAGAGCUGCUUAAGGAUAAUGAAAGGAAUGUAAUCCUUGUUUGGAAUAUUUUUUUAUCUGAGUGUCAAAAUCUAAAGCAUCAUGUGUAAUUUAUGCCUAAAGAGCACAUGAUCUUCUUGUUUUUCUAGUUGGAAUUAGCUACAGUGAAGCGUAUUAGUAAUUAGUGCCUGUCAACUGUAAUGUCUUUGUCUGUGUGUGUGUAUCUGUGUUUUUUAAAAGUGCUCGAUUUUCUUGGUUCUUUGUUACCCUCUUCCUUUCCAUUUUAUUUCUCAGUGUUCUGGCAUCUUAAAGCCAUUUGUUUCAAUAAACUGUACAACCAAAAA